GUAUGACGACGGCGCCGACAUAUAUAAAUGAUUGAAAACUGCUAUUUCGUUUAAUAUGUAAUACACUUCCACGAUGAAGGCAUUUGUAUUUACAUUAUCGCUGUUCGGGCUGGCGUCCGUGGUGUAUUCACGGGCAAUGCCAACACUCUACCGGCUACAGCCGACGCCGGACGUGAGACCGUUGCCACCGCAACCAGACGUUCGUCCGUUGCCACCUUCGACUGACGUGUACCCACUGCCCCCAAACCCCGAUGUAAACCCACUGCCUCCUAAUCCUGACGUGUACCCGUUGCCUCCUAAUCCUGACGUAUACCCAUUACCUCCAAAUCCUGAUGUAUAUCCAUUGCCUCCUAACCCAUACGUUGACCCUUUACCUCCAAGCCCGUACGUUCGUCCCUUGCCCCCUAACCCAGACGUAAACCCCUUACCUCCAAGCCCAUACGUCAUCCCCUUACCUCCAAACCCAUACGUUGAGCCUUUACCUCCAAACCCGUACGUUCGUCCCUUGCCCCCUAACCCAUACGUCAUCCCCUUACCUCCAAACCCAUACGUUGACCCUUUACCUCCAAACCCAUACGUUCGUCAGUUACCCCCUAACCCGGAUGUUAUCCCCUUACCUCCAAACCCAUACGUUCGUCCCUUACCCCCUAACCCUGACGUUAACCCCUUACCUCCUAACCCGUACGUUCGUCCCUUACCCCCUAACCCUGACGUUAACCCCUUACCUCCAAACCCAGAUGUCUACCCACUGCCUCCAGUUCCUUAUGUGAAUCCGUUGCCUCCAAAUCCGUAUGUUCGCCCAUUGCCCCCAAAACCUAAACCGACCCCAAUUGUAUACUAA